AUUUUAGGGUUUCGAGCUCCAUGUCCCUGCUUGUAGUUGUUGUUGCAAUCCUCCCUUCCUUUGUCUUGCGCGUGAAUUGUAUGAUUUCCUUCACCUUCUGUGAAAAUCUAUCGACCGUCGAGCUAGAGAAGGGCACAGAUGGGCCCAAUGCCAGGAGCUCAAGCGCCGCAGCAAAUCUUCACUAUUGAGCAGCUGGUUGCUCUGAACCCUUACAAUCCUGACAUUCUUCCGGAUUUGGAGAGCUAUGUUGAAGAGCAGGUUGCGACCCAAACUUACAGCCUAGAUUGCAACCUGUGCCUUCUUCGUCUUUACCAGUUUCAACCAGCUCGCAUGAAUGUGCAUAUCAUAAUCAAGAUACUUGUGAAGGCACUAAUGGCAUUACCUGCUACAGACUUCAGCUUGUGCAUGUUUCUGAUUCCAGAAAGACUUCAAAUGGAGGAAACCUUUUUGACUCUUGCUACUCUGGCACACUUUUUGGAGACCUCUCGAUUCCGGGAGUUCUGGGACGAAGCCAACAGGAAUAGAGAUAUUCUUGAAGUAGUUCCUGGAUUUGAGCAAGCCAUUCAGGGAUACGCUAUACACGUGCUUUCUAUCACUUAUCAGCGUUUGCCUCGAACACUUUUUGCUGAGGCUAUUAAUGUGGAAGGACUUUCUUUGGAUAAGGUUUUGGAGCAUCAGGUUAACAACAAUGGUUGGGCACUUGAAAAAGGUGGCAAGGUGGUCGUUUUACCGCUGAAUGAAGACAACCAGCCAGUAUUGAGACGGAACACUGCCGACAGCAUUCCUUUGGAACAUGUUGCGAAGAUCCUACCUGUUUUAGUUUGAAAGGUCAGUGCCUAAUAUGACAUUCAGGAGAACCCGCUCAUGAUAAUUUGACGUAAAAUUCUCGGAGAAUUGACCUAGUUACUCUUACAAAAGAAUACCAUACUGUAGACGAUCACUGUUGGAGUUUGAGACGAGAGGUUAGUGGUUGUGUGGUUGUUUGUAGUCACCCAAUGAAUUACCGCCUAUUUUUGGCAGUCAUCCGUCGAGGUCUCCAAUCACGAAAGUGGAGGCCUCAACGGGUAUUUUGUGCUGAUGUUGGGCUGUAUUGUAGCGCUGGCAACUUCGUUCACUUGAAUCGGUACAUGUCUCCGUUGUCUUGCACAAUGCCCCUGAGUUGUCAGUGACCGUAGUAGUAUGUUGUAGUUAUUGAGGCGCUUUCACAUAUCUAUGUUCUUCAUGUUGUACUCAACUCUCUACUAGAAAAUGACGAAAUGAGGGGAGUGUUGUCAAAUUAUGGAGAUUUUAUAUCAAUGUGAAGGUCCUUAAUGACCAAUCUGAAGAUCCUGGAAAUAGGGGUUGAGCUGC